AUGGGAACAGAAGUUUUGCGGCCACAAAAUUGUUUAAUUGAAAGGUUCAGGGAACCUCGACCGGUAUUCCAUCGCCGGAAAACCGGAAAUGGGUAUCAUAACGGUUACCGGAAACCGGUCAUCAGAACGGAGAAAAAGAAGGUGAAGAACCAAUCUGAGCCGUCGAUUUCGAGGGGAUCUGAGGAACCGAAACCCGUAAUGGGUCAAGUAAUGAUUUUGAGAAGAGGCGAGUCGUUGGAUUCUCUUAACCCAAAUAUCCGUAAGGAGAACGAAACGGCGUCGUGUAACAAGAAGAAACCGGUUACUGAUUUGACGGUUUACGGGACAGGAAGAUUGGGCCCGGAGCAACCCGAAAUGUUGCCCAAACAGAUUCAGGUGGGGCGAUCCGACAUGUAUGCCGGGUCAGCUUUCUCGAAUUCACCGUCACCUAGAUCACUUCCUUUACCUUCUUUCUUCAACAACAACAAAAAGCAAGUUGAAUUUAGGUCGUUUGAUGAUUCUGCUACCAGAGAUUUAAGGCGGUUGCUCCGACUCGAAUAG